GCCGGCGCCGCCGACGGGAGCCGAGCGGGACCAAUUCGAGCCAUGCAGGCUGUGCGGGGUGCUGGGUCCCGGUUGCUGCGAUCCUGGGCUCUGCCCCGGACGACCGGGCGCGUGGCCGGGGCCCGGGAGCUGCAAGGCGCGCCCCAGCCGGAGGCGGCGGAGCAGGCGCAGCCGGCAUCCACGGGGCGCGGCGGCUUCAGCGUUUACCCUCCCGCCCCGGGGCAGGAGAGCUCGCUGAGGUGGGCAGGAAAGAGGUUUGAGGAGAUCCCGAUCGCUCACAUCAAGGCGUCCUACAACAACACACAGAUCCAGGUGGUCUCUGCCGCCAACCAGCCCCUCGCCCGCACUUCCUGCGGCACAGAGGGGUUUCGGAACGCCAAGAAGGGCACUGGCAUUGCCGCUCAGACCGCAGGCAUAGCCGCAGCCGCGAAAGCCUCAGGGAAGGGUGUGACCCACGUCCGAGUGGUGGUGAAGGGCCUGGGGCCAGGACGCCUGUCUGCCAUCAAGGGGCUGACCAUGGGGGGCCUGGAAGUGAUCUCCAUCACAGACAACACCCCCAUCCCACACAACGGCUGCCGUCCCAGGAAGGCCAGGAGGCUGUGAGGGAAGGGACUGCCCUGCCCUGGCCCCCAGCUGGACCUCGUGGGAAGCUCCCUUUCGGCUGUCUUUGGGGGGCAGGGACUCUCGGACUCUCGGGGAAGUCAGGCAGACGCCUGAGGUGGGUAAGCCGCACAGUGUGGCCCGGGCUGCAGUCUGGACGGAAGCGGGCAGUGUGGCCCGGGCUGCAGCCUCUGCUCCAAGAAUAAAGAGUUUGCGUUA